AUGAGCCCCCUCCAUGUGGAGAAGGUGGAUGACGGGGAGGGCGCCGGCGCCGACGAGAUCGCGCUGGAUGGCGACGGCUCGCUGGACGACACGCUCGGCUACGUGGCUGAGUUCGAGAGCUUCGGCACCGCCGACCCGCUGCCCGUGCUGCCCCCCGGGCCUUCGCAGCGGCUGAUGGACGACGGCAGCUCGCAAGGCUGCGUGCCGGCCGAGACGUGCGCCGUCUGUGGCGCGCGCUACCACCACCGGCGCAACCUGGCCGAACACAUGAAGCGGCACCUGGGCCGCACCACCUGCCUCAUCUGCCGCCAGGAGUUCGCCAUGACGUUCACCCUGCGCCGGCACAUGGUCAACCGACACGGCCUGGCCGCCGAGGAGGUGGGCCGACUCACCAACAAGCGGCGCAGCGGCUACGGCAUUAAAAAAAUGUGGCUGCACCCACUGGACAACUUCCAGUGCGCCUACUAA